AAACAAGGGCAAACCUCAGGUGUGAUAAUUAGCAGUGAAAACUUCUACAGAUAUCCAAACGUUUCCUUUAAAGAAGCACAAAGAAAGGUGGAGGAAGCGGCUGGACAUUGUUCUGUCAGAUUUCUUUUUAAAAUAUUAAUAAUGACUUCGGUGCGAGUAGCUGUCCGAGUCCGUCCAUUGAACAAAAGAGAAAAGCAGUUAUCCUCGAAGGUAAUAAUUCAUAUGAAGGAGAAGACAACAACCAUUCAAAAGCCCACAGUUCGAGGGGACGAGCUCAAGGGCGUAGGAAAAACCUUUUCAUAUGAUUUUUCAUAUGACUCAUCUGACAGAAGAAGUCCCACGUUUGCAUCCCAGGAGAAGAUCUUCCGAGACUUGGGGUUUGAAGUCCUGAAAGCUGCAUUUGAGGGUUGCAAUGCCUGCGUGAUUGCUUAUGGGCAAACAGGCUCAGGGAAGUCCUACACUAUGAUGGGUCCUUCACACGAUAAAGGUUUAAUCCCACGGAUCUGUGAAGGCUUGUUCUGGGAGAUAUCUCACAGGAGCAAGAGUGAUGCUGUGACGUUCCACACAGAGGUCAGCUAUCUUGAGAUCUGCAAUGAGCGGGUGCAGGAUCUUCUUAAAAAGAGAGCAUCACCUGCUGAUGAUGGGGGCUUGAGCGUGAGGGAGCAUCCCAGGCAUGGUCCCUAUGUAGAGAAUCUGUCCAAGCAUGUAGUACAAAGCUACAGUGAAGUGGAGGGCCUGAUCAUUCUCGGCAAUGCCAACCGCACGACAGCCAGCAGGGGAGUGAAUGACUUCAGCAGGCGCUCCCAUGCCAUCUUCACCAUAAUGUUCACCCAGGUGUGGUUUGAUGCAGAACCGUUAUACGAGACAGUGAGUAAGAUCCACCUGGUAGACCUGGCAGGCAGCGAGAAAGUUGAUCCCACACGCACAGUAGGAGGCAGGUUGAAGGAAAGUGCCGACAUCAACAAAUCUCUGGUCACAUUAGGACAUGUGAUCUCAGCUCUGGCUGACCUUGGUGUAGGAGUGUCAACAACAAAACCGAUCUUCAUUCCUUACAGAGACUCUGUGCUGACAUGGCUGCUUAAAGACAGCCUGGGUGGAAACUCUAAGACUACUAUGAUAGCGACCGUUUCUCCUGCUGAUGUGAACUACAUGGAGACCCUGAACACUUUGCGUUUUGCCAGUCGAGCUAAAAACAUAGUGAACUCUCCCAUAGUGAACGAUAAUGGCAGUGUGAAGGUGAUGAGAGAGCUGCAGGCAGAGGUUACCAAACUCAAUCAACUACUAAAAGAACCCUCUCAGGUUGGGCGUGAGGUGCCAUUAUCCUCUGUGGACGUAAAGGAGGAGCUGAAUGAGACAAAGUCCCUGCAGGUAGUAGCAUUGACCAAGAACAGAAGCAGCACAUGGAGGGAGACACUGAAUAUUCUGCAGGAGGAGACGGUGACUCUGAGGAAGGAGGGGAGUGGAGUGGUCUUGGACUGCUGUUUGCCUCACCUUAUCGGUGUUGGUGAAGAUCUGCAAAGCACUGGAAUCGCCCUCUAUUACUUGAAAGAAGGCAGAACCAUAAUUGGAAGCGGCAAAGCAUCAUGCACUCAAGACAUUGUGCUCCAUGGGCCUGGGCUCCUCAGUGUGCAUUGUGUGCUUGAGAACAUUGCUGGGACUGUAACCCUGUUCCCUCAGGAUGGUGCACUGUGCUUAGUCAAUGGCUCUGUGGUCACCGAUCCUUGCCAGCUGACUCAGGGUGCCAUCAUACAGUUGGGAAAAGGAGCCACACUCUGGUUUAACCAACCGACUGCUUCCCAACUUAGACUGAAAUACCAGAGUGGAUUGCCAUCUGUGUUCAGCCCAUCUGUGACUGACUCGUCCAACUCUACUGAGAAUUUGUCCAAGGCGAUGGUGCAAAAUCGAGGGUACAAAGAUGCAAUAAAGCUUACUGCCUUGGUGACUGACAAGAGUGCAAACCUGGCCUCGCAAAGAUCUUAACAUCAGCUGGUUCAGCUACAAAUGUGAAUUAAGGAAGACUGAACGAUGUGAUAAAUACUAUCAUCACGCGUACACCAGUGGCGAGGGCUGUUGUUCAAUGGCGUGAUUUUGAAUCAGGCGUGUAACUCAGUUUCAUGGUCCAACAAUAUACAUGAAUAAAGUAUAGCUGGGAAAAAUACAGGUCAUCAAAUAAUGAGCCACCAAGCAGCCAACUGCAACAACACUGAUAAAUCUGUGUCAUGGCUCAUACAGGGCGGUAAUUGAAACAAAUAAUAA